GGGAGGGUGGGAGGCAGGGGCCUGCGGCCGAGAUGAAGAUGUGGAGCGAGGCGGACGUGGACGAGCAGAUCCAGGAGCUGAAGACCAUCACGCAGCUCCAGGAGCAAUGCCGGGCGCUGCAGGUCCAGUCCAUGAAGGAGAAGACGGCCAAGAACAAGGCCACGGUGGCGCUCCUGCGCAGCAACAUCCGCCGCGGGACCCAAGAAUGGGCUUUGGCUAAGAAUCACGACAAGCAGUCCAUCUCCAGGGCCUGCGGGAAUGAUGUGCCCAUGAGGCUGGCGCACUGCCGCUGCUCCAUGGAGGUGGCGCGGGAGAAGCUGCGCAAGUACGUCUUCGACCGCGUGAACGUGCACAACGUGCUGAUCCACCUGGUGCGCCGGCGUGGGCAGCAGCUGGAGAGCAUGCAGCUGCAGCUGGAGGGCCUGCAGCACCAGCCGGUGGCCACCAAGGAGGAGCUGCGCCUGCUGCAGGUCAUCCGCCAGUUGGAGAACAACAUCGAAAAGACAACCAUCAAGAUCACCACGAGCCAGAACAUCCACCUGCUGUACUUGGACCUGCUGGAUUACCUGAAGAAAGAGCUGUCAGGAUACCCCACCGAGCUGGACAAGCUGCAGAACCUCGUGGUCGACUACUGCUCGGAGCUGUCGGACAUGACAGUCAUGUCCCAAGACGCCAUGAUGAUUACGGAUGAGGUCAAGAUGAACUUGAGGCAGAAGGAGGCGACCUUCAUCGAGGAGCGCCGGGCCCGGGAGAACAGGCUGAACCAGCAGAAGAAGCUGAUCGACAAGAUCCACACCAAGGAGACCAGCGAGAAGUACCGCCGGGGCCGGAGGGACUUGGACUUCCCCACCAACCUGAUGAGCAUGGAGAACCUGAAAGUGAGGAAAAGAGAGGCCUCCCAGGCCGACAUCGAAUACCAGACGAAUCUGACCGCGUUGGUGGAGAAAAUCAAGACCGCUGUGCGGUGCUCCCACCUCUGGGACAUCACAGGCCAGUUCCUGGCUCAGAGGAGCACAGAGGACAACCUGCAGCUGCAGAUGAAGGAGUGUGAGGAGAGGCGCACUCAGCUGGGGGCCUUGAUGAGGAAGCUGGAGAUGGAGGAGGCGCUGCUCAAGUUCCACCAGACGACCAGCUCCAGCAGCUUUGAGUCCGCCCAGCAUAAAAUGAAGGACCUGCUGAAGGAGGAGGAGGACAGGCUGCAGCUGGCCCACAGCAACAUGACCAAGGGCCAGAAGCUGCUGCUCACCAUCCAGAUGGGCAUCGACAACCUGUACCUCCGGCUGGUCGGCAUCACCCUGCCCGCGGCCCAGAUGUCCACCCCCGACAGCCUGGACAGCCUGGACUUGCACAGCAAGCUGGCGUACUGCGAGAAGACGCUCCUGUACCUGGCCGACAAGCUGCAGAUACUGACCACCACGGAGGAGGACAGCAUGAAGGUGAGGGACGCCCUGGAAUCCUCGACUCUGAAGGAGAAGCAGAACACCAGGAUCAGCUUUGAGGAGCUGGAGGACGAUAUGAUAGAAACCUUCCACUUCGCCGACGUGGACCACAGCUACGUCCCUUCGCGCGCCGAGAUCAAGAAGCAGUCCCAGCGCGUGAUCGAGGAGAAGUUCAAGACGGCCAAGAAGAAGAAAAAGUGACCCGGAGGGCCCGCCCCCCGCCGCGCCCCCAGGCCGGCGCUUUGUUACACAAAUAAACAUUUUUCCAGAAC